CAACAAGGUGGCAACCUGCAAUAUUGAAUCAGCUGGCAAGAAAUCUGUUGCAAUGCAACAUACACUUAGACGUUGUUUGGUCAACAUGCCGUUUCUACGGCAUAAUCCCAAUCUGCAUGCAUCUAUAAAGUACGCAGGAGCAUCAACAACAAGCCGGCAAUUAUCUACGCUGCCUCAGGAAAACAGAAAAGAACAUGAAGAGCAACAGCAGCCGAGUAGAAAUCGUUUGCCCCGCCUCAUGCAAUUUCCCGAGGUAAUAUGGCCCUCAGUUUUUAAUACAGUCAAGAACUGGAUAACAGUAAAGUUCAUCAUACGGCCCUAUCUGGAUAGUGAGUUUCAGGUCAAGGACUUUGUGUUUGGUGCAAAAAAAGCACUACAAGUUGUCUCCUCUAAAAUGGUGGGGGGAGAUUUAAACGCGUUGCAGAAUCUUGUUACAACGGAAGCCAUCACCGAACUGAAACCCGUAAUACAGAAACUGUCUAUGACCCAACGUCGUCAAUUAGAAAUCAACGAAAGCGACAUAUACUUGUCGUUUCCGUAUCAAAUAGGGAUCAUGUUCGAUGAGGCCAAUGAUAAGAUUCAAAAGCGUUGGGUUGAAAUCACUAUGGUCUUCCAUGUUAUGCGCGGGCUGUCUGAGAUGCGAGAACGUGGCGAGGAGAUACCCUGGAACAUGGGCACAAUGCCAGAGUAUCAGGACAAAGUCUUCAUUUGCAACUAUCGCUUUAUCAAGGAGUUUACUACUGGCCAACAAUCAGACUGGACCAUCAACGUUGUUAAUCACUUCAAGGCCAUAGAUUUAAUCAAUGAAAAAUAACAAAAAUCGUUGUGUCGGCAGCGACAUUCUUACGUUAAGUUACGCUGAAGCAUACCCCAUUUAAAAGCCCAAAAGCAAUUUUCUGCUAAUUUCCUUUUGCGUUGCAAUUCAAGAUUUUUGUUUACAGUAAAUAGGUAUAAAAAGUUCAA